CCAUAGACAUAGGACCUAUAGACCGAGCAUUCGAGGAGUGGGGGCGUGAAAAACUAGAAAGAGAUAGCAAGCUUUGGACCACUAUUCUGUCUUUGUCUAAUGACGCGCGUGGGGAAUCUUCACCUAACCUAACAUUCAAGUCAACAUGUGUCGAUAUUGUUGUGUGUGCCACAAAGAACAAUAUAAAACUGAUGAGCCUAUUAUUUUCCAUCGUUUUCCGUCAGAUCCAGAUACACGAAAAAAGUGGUUAGAAAUCAUAAAACGAGACGAUAAUAAAAAGCGUUUUGUAUGCAGUCAACAUUUUAAACCUGAAGAUUAUCGAAUGCUAUGCGAUCGAAGGCAACUUUUGAGAAAAGAUGCUGUUCCAAAUAUAAAUAUUCCUCAAUUAGAUGCAAAAGUUCAGCUUAUUAAAAAUGAGAAACAAAAUUCUGAACAACUUCCAAUGGAAUGUCACAAGGAUAUGGAUGAUAAUAUAGAGGACAAUAAUAUUGAGAAUGUGCCAACAUCUACUGCUGACAGCUUAAAACGGACAAAUGACUCUUGCGCUUUAUCUACAACACCAACAAAAAGACAUUGCACUUUACAGGAGUUUGGACUUUUUAGAAGAGAAGAUUUUACAGAUGAAAUUGUAUGGAAUCGAUUUGUAGCAGCAUGCAAAGGCUUAAGAAAAGAAAACAUGCUUUUGCAAUAUCAAAAUAAGCGUCUUCUUAAUCAAAUUCAAACAACGAAAGAUAUUAUUCAGGAGUUAAAAAAAAAGAACUUAAUAACAGAUUCCGUAUCAGAGAUGUUGAGCGUAAGUUAAGAAAACGAUGGUCCACAUUCUGAUCUUUUUAUCGCUAAGAGUUAUAUAAAAAUGAAAAAAAA